UUAAUUCAACAAAGAAGUAUUUCUUACGUCGCUUGCGUGUGACGUCAUUGCUCUUCACGUGUGGACCGUCGGCUAUCACAACAACAUUUAGCUUGUUUAUGAGCUGAUUUUACACUUUAACUCUUCAUCUUCACACACCGACACACACGCGGACAGACAUGGCGUCCAGCUGCCGGCGGCCUGAACACUCCGCUCCUCCAGAUGUGUUCUACAAUGAAGAUGAGGCAAAGAAAUACUCUCAGAACUCUCGAAUGAUUGAGAUCCAGACUCAGAUGUCAGAGAGAGCCGUGGAGCUUCUAAACCUGCCGGAGGGUCAGCCGUGUUUCCUGCUGGACGUUGGGUGUGGCUCUGGUCUCAGUGGAGACUACCUGUCGGAGGAGGGACACUACUGGGUGGGAGUCGACAUUAGCACGGCCAUGCUGGAUGUUGCCCUGGACAGAGAGGUCGAGGGAGACCUGUUGGUGGGGGACAUGGGGCAGGGGAUGCCGUUUCGUCCCGGCACCUUUGACGGCUGCAUCAGUAUCUCUGCUCUGCAGUGGCUUUGUAAUGCCGACAAGAGGACACACAGCCCUCCGAAGAGACUCUACACCUUCUUCAGCACUCUCUACUCCUCUCUGUCAAGAGGAGCACGUGCAGUUUUCCAGCUUUAUCCAGAGAACUCAGAACAGCUGGAGCUGAUCACGACGCAGGCCAUGAGGGCCGGCUUCGGUGGAGGCAUGGUGGUGGAUUACCCCAACAGCAGCAAAGCCAAAAAGUUCUUCCUGUGUCUGUUUGCUGGAGUAACAGGAGUCCUUCCCAAAGGAUUGGGAUCAGAAACUUCAGACAGAACGAAUACAAACCAGGUCCAGUUUUCAGGACAAAGAUGCCGGUUCAGAAACAUGAAGGGGAAAUCAGCGAAGAAGGGACGGGACUGGAUCUUUGAGAAGAAGGAGAGGAGGAGAAGACAAGGACGGGAGGUUCGAGCCGACACUAAAUACACCGGACGCCAGAGAAGACCUCAUUUCUAACGGACUCAUGCAGCUUCAUGCAGCUUCAUUAGCUCUCGUCUGUGUUUGGACUCGUUUUUCUCCCCCAACUCUCCAGUUCAAGUGGAUGAGAAGCAAGAGUAAAACGCUAUAGUGGCCAAUCAUUUUUACAUUUGGGAGAGUGUUUUGCAAUUUGUCACAAAUGGUAAGAGUGCUCUCCGUGUUAGCUGCUGAAGGACACGGACAGACUUCUCUGCUGCUCACAGAGAAUCAAAGCAGCCAUCGACAGCACCAACGGCCUAGAAUUAAAACAGUUUUUGAUAAAUUAUUAAAUGUCACAUCUUCAAUGUUCAAUCUCUGAACAGACAUUUAUUAAAAUGCUACAAAAAUGGAGAUUUGCAUUAUAUUUCAUGUUUAUUUUUUCCAGAAUACAGAAGAAAUUGAACUAACAAUGUUACAAAAUGAUCCUUU